GCGUUUGAAUAAUAAAAAAAGGUUUAUUAAUCUUAACGUAUAUAGAAGUGAGAUUGAUAUUAAAAGACGCCAUGUCAAAAAUGGGGAUAUUUUGGAGCCACGAAAACAGAUAUUUCUCAGGUUCAUCGGGAAAGGACACGUGUUGUCUAAGCGCAUUAGGUACCAAUCCCUGACGCUAUUCCUCGAUUCUAUAUCAUAGAUUCAAGCAAUCACAUUACGCCACGAGUCCUUUAGACAAAUAGUAACCGGACGCGUGUUUGUCACCAUUAACAGGACCUGUGUCGGAUAAAUCUUUCACCGUCGUAUCAUAUAAACAGCCGCGUCAACUGCAUUACACUACGGGAUCGAGUUAGCUCACUGCUCAAGCAGUAUUGCCGUAAUGAACGCCGGCAGGAAACUAAAAACAAGCACGCCGAAUCAGGGAUGUGAUUCUGGCGAGUCAGGAAUACUCAACGAGCGUAUACUCGUUCUAGUUUUUGAGUCAAUAAAAUGGGACUUGCACGCUCUCUGCGCGACAGCCUCCGUCAACCGGAAACUUCGCGCCAUAGCUAAACGGUUCCUAUGGCGCGAGCUGUGCGUGUAUCGUGCACCGCGGAUGUUAGCCUCAUUAACAAACGGUGCUCCCAAUGCUCCUUUUGGUGAUAGCUGGCAUGCGAUUGCGAAGCUCAUGUUCUACUGUUGCGGUUGCGAGUCAACUCAGAAUUUCAAAGUGAGUCAACCUUCACCUGGCCAUUUUAUUGAAACCUCCCGCUUUUCUAAAACGUCCGGUCAAAGCUUUCUAAAUAAGAAAUGUAGAGGCGAUUUAUUGUAUGUCAGCGAUCCAUGUGAGCAUUCAGCGAGCAAUAAUGAGGAUGAUUUAGGGAUUUAUAGAGGGGUAUUCAAGGGAUUUAUGAAAUCAAGAACGAGAGCUUGUUUGAUCAGACGGCAGGUGGAACUUGAAAAGAGAACUAGGUGUCCUUAUUGUGGGUUUCGUGUGUGGAGCAUGACUUCGGCUCGGCUUGUUCCCAAAACCGCAGCUAGACGGCUUGGCUCGCGUGAAGAUGGGCUGGAGUAUUUUGUGUGUUUGAAUGGGCAUUUGUAUGGGUGUUGUUGGCUUGUGCCGCUGUCAUCCGAUGAGGAUAACUGUGGAAGUGCAGGUGCAGCUAUUGAUGAUGACGAUGAUAAUCAUGCGGUAAGAAAUGAGAGUUUAAGGUUGCUACGAGAAGAGUCUGCUAACUGAUUGCCGUUUCGCGGUGGGGCAUGGUAUGGUGAUGUGGGUCAUGAUUUUCGAUAAUUAAAAUGUUGUGCUGACAUGGGAUUUUGUUCUUCUUUUCUUGUUUGUGUGUUUCUGGAGGGAGUGAGGGAUACAUUGGAGUGGGUCAUGGGUGAGAAACGGCAGAGUAAUGUAAUAGAAACCUAUUUUAGUUCCUUGACUUGUUCCUGAUUUUGGAUGUCCUCCGACCUGUCUAUGUGAUAUAAAUCCUUUUCUGUA